AUGUCGGGGCCGGGCACAAGUCCUCUGUCGGCGUCUGCCUCAGGCCUGAGCGAAGAAGGGGAGAAUUGGUUCUGGCAAUUCAUCAGGACCAAAUCGGAUGGUGAACGAGGUGCUGCUGCCGCUUCCAUCAAUGCCAUGAUGGCAGGAGGUACUUUCUUUGCUGGUCUAUUUGCUGCAAUCGUGGCUUCGUUCAUUCUGGUCUCUAUCACUUCCUUAUCGCCUAGCGACAAUGCCAACACUGAACUACUUCUCGCUCAAAUCAUCCAUAUUCUCGAUCCCAAUGUGACACUAGCUGUCCCGAUCGAACCCUUUACUAUCUCGGGACGGGACAAGGCUGUCAAUGUGCUCUGGAUAGUUUCAUUGAUCAUGUCUCUUGCUGCUGCACUCCUAGCCACCCUGAUCCAAGUCUGGAUCAGUGGGACAACUCGGGUGGAUGGGGUGUAUGACAACGGCCCUGCUGAGCAGUUUGGCUACAGGCAGCUGAAUAACAUGGUGGCUAUUGAUAGGUACGGGCUUGACCAGCUCGUGAAUCUCGUCGUGGGUCUUAUACAUGGAUCUUUGACUAUGUAUCUGGUUGGGCUGGCCAUUUUCAUAUCAGCCUUUGAUCGAACUGUUUCUUUCGUUGUCAUUGCUUCGGCCGCCACCACCACCGCGAUCUAUGCCGGCAUCAGCAUCAUACAGUACUUCGACCGCGACUGCCCAUACUACACCCCGCUGACAUUUAUCCUACGACCUAUCCUUCAUGUGUUGGUUGCAGUUGUCGCCGUUAUCGUCCUUGCGUUUAUUUUCUCCUUCCUUCUCCUGAAGAAGUGGAUUGUCGAGAUGAAUAUCGAACUUCAGGACCUGAAUUUCAGAAGCAUCCUUUACCAGCUUGUGAGGCAUGCAAGCCACACGCAGCACACCCUUCGCUACUACAUCCCAGCCUACCUUCGCGGCGCCUCUGAUCAAGAGUUAGAGCGUAUCAUCGACCGAAACUUCAACCCACCGGUUGCCCAUGCUCAACUGAGCGGUGACCAAGUCAGAUGGGCGUUGGAACUGGCAUGGAGGGACGUUUUAGAGACUCCCAUCGCCCUCUGGUACAUGUCGCGCUGUUUGCUUGACCUGUCACGGCCAGGUGUUGCUGAGAUUUUCGUUGGGCUCAGGAGCAACCGUGCUGCCAUGAUGGAUCUAGCACCUGUUUUGACUCGCAUCGACUCCGUUCCCAGCGCAGUUGGGGCGAUCCGCCUGCUCCAUGCUCUUUUCAUUGCUGAUGCGUCAGUGGAGCCUCACUCGCGCCCGGAAGGGUACGACGACAGUCGCUGGGAGCUCGCAGACGCCAUCAUGAGCGCCUUACCGGCAGCAAUUCAGCGCGUGGAGGCUCAGAACAAUGCAGCCCUCCAAGCUGGGGACCCCACCCUCCACAUGGCUCUAGCAAGCCUUCGCUGGGCUUUGAUAAGGGUGUGGGGAGACAUCGAGGGCAACCCAGACCCCGGCGAACCAGGUUACCUGGCCCGCAGCAGGCUUCAACUGCUGUUCAAGUUACUUCAUGGCUCUUCAGAAGGCCUUCGUCUAUGCUCGAUGUCGGUGGACGACGACAGUGGUGAUUUGACGUCCCUCUUUGAAUCAACUCCCGACCCUCGAUUGAAUCUUGCUACACGCAAUGUUCUAACUCUCUUACGAGGGCUACAAAGGUGCAAGUGGCGAGGCAACUGGCUUCAGCCAGACUCGUCUUUCCUCCCUGCAAGUGCCCCAUCUAUCUGGGAAUGGAGGCAGCUGCCGUUUGCACACCUACCCUUGCCCAGAUCCUCUGCUAGUAAUUGCUUUAGGGAACUCCUCAUACAGGAGAAGGUGGCCAUCAGCCAUAAUCCCAUACACACCGUCAGCAACCUCUCCCAGCUCCACCCAAAAAUCUUGAAUGCACUUGACGACUUAUCGUAUGUGGUCGAUCUCCAUGCGGCACCGGAGCCGGUCAUUUCGGUGUAUGAGGAAGGAGGGGAGACAGCUGUGAAGCCGUGCCACCCGGGCAUCCCGCUCAUCACCCUUCCGAACCCCAGCGUAGCCCUUGACGAGACUUAA